ACGCGUAGUCCAACUGAGCAUGUAACCAGGAAGUGGCUGCUCCAAUUUCAACAUGUUAACAGAAGAUGAAGAUGUGUCUCUGUUCGAUGCAGAGGAAGAUGUGGGGAAAAGGUCGAAGAAGUCAAGUAUCAAGCAUCCAGUGGCGUCCUUCUUCCACCUCUUCUUCAGAGUCACUGCCAUCCUCGUCUACCUGCUCUGUGAGAUCUUCAGUAGAAGUUUCAUCGCCUGCAUGGUCACAAUAAUUCUUCUGCUCUCAUGUGACUUCUGGACAGUAAAGAACAUCAGUGGGAGGCUGAUGGUUGGUCUAAGGUGGUGGAACCAGGUGGAUGAUGAUGGACGAAGCCAUUGGGUGUUUGAGGCAAGGAAGGGCACUGGGAAGCAACAAGCGUCAGAUGCUGAAUCACGAAUCUUCUGGCUCGGACUGAUCGUUUGUCCUGUCAUGUGGGUCAUCUUCGCCUUCAGCACCCUCUUUUCUUUCAAGAUUAAAUGGAUGCCUGUAGUGAUCAUGGGUCUGGUGUUGCAAGGUGCCAACCUCUACGGCUACAUAAAGUGUAAAGUGGGAGGCAAGACCAGCUUAAAGAACAUGGCGACUAAUUAUUUCGGACGACAGUUUCUCAAACAGGCGCUGUCUAAAGAGGAGGAAUCAUAAAGUGCAUCUCCAAUUUUUUUUUACAUUGUUCUUAAUGCUUUAAUAUAUACUCCUUUAGCAAGUGGAUACAUAGACAGAAACUAGGGCUGAACCAUUUUUAAAUAUCUAAUUGCACUUGCAUUAUUAUUUCCAUUUUAAUUGAAAAAAAUAUUAAAAUGAUUAUGGUGUGAUUUUUGCAGGCAUCUGUACCAAACACAGAUGUUUGUAGAAUAUAAUGUGUAAGCUAGCAUGACGAUAUAUCAUUUUAAAUAUUUUGACACACAUUUGACAUUUUUUUUAACAAAUAAUGAACCUCCUGUGAUAUUUGCAGCAGGCCAUAUUGGGAUUUCGAUAACAUUUCGAUUAAAUGUUCAGCCCUAACUGAAACCUUUUUUUCAUCAUGAACUCAAAUCACAUUUUUGAAUUUUUUUCUAUUGUUUAGUUUUUUCCUCCUUUUGCCUGACUCUGCAUCAGCUCAAAGGGUUUAUAAUGGCUAGAAAUUUGUGGCCCUUGUACUCUGUAUCAUCUGAGAUUUAAACCCUAACUAAUGUCACCUGCGUGCUUGGCGUAAAUGCAUGACCGAAAAAAGAGUGAAAGGACUUGAGAUGUUAAACUGAGUGUAGUUUUUCAUGUGUCACGUAGUCUCAGAGAAAGUUCAGAUAUCUUUUAGUUUAUUUACUUUUCCUCCUUACUUUAACCUUUAUAAUAUUAAAAUGAUGUUUCCGAAAGGUAUUGUGCAAACGUUUUUGUUUGUAUGAUAUAUGAGAUUGUAAAGUAACAGUGUAAAGUAUUCCAGGAGAUCUGUAAAUAUGUAUGUAAAGAAACAACAGUAUGUGGAACAUCUUCUUUUUGUGCAAAUACAUUUGUAACAUUUU